AAAGAGAGGGGGGAGGAAGGAAGGGGAAAGGAAAAGAGGAGGAGAGAGAUCUGGAGAAGAAGUUUGAGAAGAAAAGGAAGACGUUUCAUUGCGAAGGAAUAGCCGGAGGCUCAAGCGACGAAAAGUCUUUGUGGCUGGGGGGAACCGGGCGGAUUUUAACGGCUACCAGGGAGCCGCUCGGCCUCGCUGCUUCUCUUCGUGUGUACGUUUGUGUUAUCGGGCGGGGUAGAUGAGUUUGAGUCCACGAUGAGGAGCGACCCGAUUCUGUUUACUUCCAGCAGGGCAAUGGAGGAGUUGGUGUCCGAGCUUCGUCUGUUCCUGGAUCUGCUGGACAGGGAGUACCUGAGUGCUGGAGUCCGAGAGAAGAAGAUGCACCUCUCAAACAUCCUGCACAGAGUCCUGUCUGAUAAAGAGCCUUCAUUCAAGUCAGAGAUCCAUGGCGGUCUGCCGGCCCCACCUCAGAUGCCCCUUCCUGAGAUCCCUCACCCCUGGCUGGCUCCAAACAGUGGCCCUCCUCCUCUGCCUAGUUCCUCUCUCCCUGAAGGUUACUAUGAGGAGGCAGUUCCUUUAAGUCCCGGAAAGGCUCCUGAGUACAUCACCUCCAAUUACGACUCGGAUGCCAUGAGUAGCUCCUAUGAGUCGUACGAUGAGGAAGAGGAGGAUGGGAAGGGCCAGAAGAUGCAUCACCAGUGGCCAUCUGAGGAGGCAUCCAUGGAUCUGGUGAAAGAUGCUCGAAUUUGUGCCUUCCUGCUGCGCAAGAAGCGCUUUGGCCAGUGGACCAAACUACUCUGUGUUAUCAAGGAUAACAAACUGCUGUGUUACAAAUCCUCCAAAGACCACACCCCCCAGAUGGAGCUGGUCCUAUCAGGAUGCAGCAUCACACACAUUCCCAAAGACGGCAAGAAAAAGAAGCACGAACUGAAGAUCGUCCACCAGGGGGCAGACGCCAUAGUGUUGGCUGUACAGAGCAAAGAGCAGGCUGAAGAGUGGCUCAAGGUGAUGAAGGAGGUGUGUGUCAAUGGCAGCGUGGACUCAGAUGGAGCUGGAUCUGGAUCACCAGUACACAAACCUGAACUGGAAAAGAAGAUGUUGUGUGAAAGGCCGAGCUCUGAUGGUGAGGCACCACAUGAGAGUGGACAUAGUGAUUGCAAGGACCAAGAGACACACUCACCAACCAUAUUCUUUGAAGCAUCAUUGUCAGACUUCGGAAAGGGAAAGAAGAGCUCAAAGUCAGAGCAGAAAAGCGGGACAGUAGGGAAGGGGGCAGGGAAGAAGAUCACUAAGAUCAUUGGCCUGGGUAAGAAGAAGCCAUCCACAGAUGAGCAGACCUCGUCAGCUGAAGAAGACGUGCCCACAUGUGGCUACCUGAACGUGCUGUCAAAUAACCGCUGGCGGGAGCGCUGGUGUCGCCUGAAGGACAACCAGCUGCUUCUCCAUAAGGACAGGGACGACCUGAAGAGCCACAUGGCCUCACUGCCCCUCAGGGGCUGUGAGGUCAGCCCAGGUCUUGACCACAAACACCCCUUUGCCUUCCGCCUGUUGCGCAAUGGCCAGGAGGUGGCUGUACUGGAGGCCUCUUCCUCCGAGGCGAUGGGUCGCUGGUUGGGGGUUCUAUUGGCGGAAACUGGAUCCACCACUGACCCAGCCACCUUGCACUACGACUACAUUGAUGUCGAGACCACUGCCAAUGUGAUCCAGCUGGCCAAGCAGUCCUUCUGUUUCACUAGCAAGCGAGCUGUAUCCCCUAAUCCUUACCUGGACAACCCAGUGAACGGCUAUGCCUGCCCCACUGGUAUGGCUCUGCACUAUGAUGAUGUGCCCAUCAAUGAAACAGACACGGAGGUGUUAUACUCCAGUCCCGCCACAGGGGGGUGUGAGCUGAAAAUGGAGGUGCACUAUGAGAACGCUGAGCUCGAUGUGAACGUGCCCUCGCCCAAGCUGACUGCUCGCUCCUCUGCGAAGCCUUCCUCCCUCCCCGCCUCCUCCUCCUCCAUCUCUGCCAGCCACUACAAAACUCCCAUUUCUAAAAUCUCCUCUAAAUUCCUCGAUGCUGAUGUUAAAGCUAAAGACAUUGCCAAGCUUAAGGGAAAGAAAGGCCCUGUGACGAAUGGGACAACAUUGAAACAGAAGGCAGACCAGAAGAGCCAGCCCAAGAAGAACGGAGUCAAUGGGACAAAUGGAAAAGUGUCUGUGACACGCAGCAACUCCAAUGCAGAGAAAUAUAAGUAUGGUAAGAACCGUGUGGAAGCUGACGCCAAACGGCUGCAGGCCAAGGAGGAGGAACUAAUGAAGAGGAAGCAGGAGAUCAGGAACCGCUUGACAGUGCUGAAGAAGGACAGGAAAGAUCUGCGCUCUGCUGUGGAGGCCGCUGUUGGAAAACGUUCACAGGCAUCACUGUCUGAGCGACUGAAAAAAGUGGAGGAGGAAUGCAAGCAGAAAGAGGAGGAGCGGGUGAACCUGGAGCUGGAGCUGACAGAGGUGAAGGAGAGCCUGCAGAAGGCCCUGAGUGGUGGAGUCACCCUAGGCCUCACUAUCGGACCUAAAGCGGGCAGCUCUGGCCCCCAGUCACCUGUAGUGCAACGAAGAACCCAGGAGUCUUCUCCAUUUUCCAGCUGUGACACCAGCGACACCGAGUCCUGCUCCCUCCCAGUCAACAGUGCCUCACUGCUCCGCAGGCAGCAGGGCGGCCAGAAGGCCUCGCCAGUCCGGGGGCACGUCCUCAGGAAGGCCAAGGAAUGGGAGAUGAAAAAUGGCACAUGAACUGCUCAAGUCUUCACAUCCUUCGUAUCUUACUUACCUUUUUGUUUUUGAAAAAAAAUGUGUAUAUAUUUAUUUAAAAACUUUAUACAGUGAGACGUUGAGACGACACAAGCAUAGCAUUCACAUUGUUACUGAAAGAAAAUAAGUGUUGCUAGUUUUAGUGAAACUAAUCACAAAAUACAGGAAUGGCAACAUACAGGAAUGGCCUUUUUUUACCUGACAAUUUUAUACUAUUGAGCAUGCUUAGUGUAUUAAGUUGUGCAAACUGUGUUUUCUACGAGACUUUCUUUUAAAGCAGUGUAUCAUUUUACCUUUUCUCUCCACUCCAAAUGUGUUUAAGCACAUUCACAGCUUCGGUUCAAAAAGGUCAAAACCAAGUAUUUAUUUGUAAAUGUUACAUGGAAAUUCUAGCUUCCCUUUGUUUAUUUAUGUUGAUAUAUUUAAAGCUGUUGUGUAGCGUU